AUGAAAUACAAGGAAAUCAAUUUCUUCAAGGGCCAUCCGAGCUCGAGGUUGCUGCCUCGAGAAGCAGUAAUUCAAGCGACUGCGGCUAUAUUGGGGCCCGAGACCAGGGAGUACGAUAACGACCCCUAUAACAGGCAUCCGCUGACGUACGGUUCGGACGAAGGUGCCCUGUGGGUGCGAGAGCAGAUUUGUACGUUUCUGAAUGAUCAGCUGUUUAAGUUCGAAAAUGGGGCUCGGAGCAGGACACGGGCAGACUAUUUGAAUCUGAAUAGCGGCGCUUCGUAUGGCAUGCUGAACAUCCUUCUGCAAACAACCUUGCCACAUAACGGGUAUACCAGGCAGGCGUUCAUCAUCACGCCAACAUAUUUCUUGAUCAACAAUUGCUUCACAGAUGCGGGAUUCAAGGGGAAAAUGACCGCCAUCAACGAGCAGGGCCACGACUCGAUUGAUUUCGAGUCGUUGAUUUCUGCCCUUGAGCAGCACGAGGCGGAGCCGCAGCCCCAUAGUACCACAGAGAUGAUUCAGGGGCCAAAGUUGACCAAGAAGGUCUACAGGUACGUUAUGUACUGCAUCCCGACGUUUGCAAACCCAUCGGGAAACACAUACUCGCUUGAGACCAGACGCAGACUUAUCGACAUCGCUCGGAAGUACGACAUGCUGAUAAUCACUGAUGACGUGUACGAUAUUCUAGAUUACACGACGCCCUCAGAUGAGCUGCCCUCUCCGCCCCUAAGGAUGGUGCACAUAGACAGAAGUACAGCGCCCUCCGGUGAGGACUCGUUCGGGAAUACAGUGUCCAACGCAACUUUCUCCAAGCUGAUCGCCCCUGGGCUCAGAUUUGGAUACCAUGAGUCAAUCAACGCGAAUCUCGCCAGACAGCUAUCUAAAGGUGGUGCAAACGUCUCUGGCGGAACUCCCUCACAACUGAACUCCAUGAUCGUGGGUGAGAUGCUGCGUAGUGGUGCCGCCCAGAGAUGCAUUGCACAUCUGAGAUCCGUAUACUCCGAGAGGGCCACUGUCUUGACCUCGGCGCUUAAGAAAUACAUGCCCCUAGGAACCGAGAUUAUGCCAUUGAAGGGCGGCUAUUUUACUUGGAUCACUCUCCCACCAGCGUACAAUGCCAUGGAGAUAUCCACUAUUCUUGCCAAGAAAUUUAAUGUCAUCCUUGCCGACGGCUCCAAUUUCGAGGUCAUCGGCGAUGAGAAAAACUGGGGUCAGUCAUGCUUUAGGCUUUCUAUUAGUUUCUUAGAAGUUGAUGAUAUCGACAGGGGCAUUGAGCUGUUUGGUGCUGUUUGCAAAUCUCAUGCGAUCACCAAUAACAUAACUAUGUAG